UGUCAUCUGUUGGGUCACAACUUGAUCUGAGGACACUUCGAGCUGUCAGGGUGCUUCGGCCACUUAAACUGGUGUCUGGAAUUCCCAGUCUGCAAGUGGUCUUAAAGUCCAUAAUGAAGGCCAUGAUCCCCCUGCUUCAGAUUGGCCUGCUGUUGUUCGUGGCUAUCCUUAUGUUCGCCAUCAUUGGCUUGGAGUUCUACAUGGGGAAAUUCCAUACAACAUGCUAUGAUCAAGUUACACGAGAGAUAGUGGAGGAACGUCCGUGUGGUAACCAUACUCCUUCCAGGCUGUGCCCCAAUGGUUCAAAAUGUGAUUCUGGCUGGAUUGGACCAAACUAUGGCAUCACCCAGUUUGACAACAUCCUGUUCGCUGUUCUCACAGUCUUCCAGUGCAUCACAAUGGAAGGAUGGACAGACAUGCUCUACUACAGCAAUGACGUAGAGGGCAGCAUGUGGAACUGGAUGUAUUACAUCCCCCUUAUCAUCAUUGGCUCCUUCUUUAUGCUCAACCUGGUGCUGGGUGUACUUUCAGGUGAAUUUGCCAAAGAGAGGGAACGGGUCGAAAACAGGAGUGAGUUCCUGAAGCUGAGGCGACAGCAGCAGAUCGAGAGAGAGCUUAAUGGAUAUUUGGAGUGGAUCUGCAAAGCAGAGGAGGUAAUUCUGGCUGAAGAAGAUGCCACCGGAAACUUUGAUGGUUCGAGACGAAGGCCAACUAUCAAAACCAGAAAUAACAAAACAGAGCUGCUAAAUCAAGAGGAAGGAGAAGACAACAUAGGAGAUGCAGUAGGCUUUGCUCGCUCUAGCAUUAAGAGCGGUAAGGACGGCUCUAACUACAGCAAAAAAGAGCGCCGAUUGCGAUUCUUCAUCAGGAAGAUAGUGAAGACACAGGCUUUCUAUUGGACAGUGCUCUGCCUUGUGGGCCUCAACACCAUCUGUGUGGCCGUGGUGCAUUACGACCAGCCGGAGCUUCUUUCCGACUUUCUCUUCUAUGCAGAGUUCAUAUUCCUCGGUUUGUUCAUGUCUGAGAUGCUGAUCAAGAUGUAUGGUCUGGGCAUCCAGCCCUACUUCCACUCCUCAUUUAACUGCUUCGACUGUGUGGUAAUUGUUGGCAGCAUCUUUGAGGUUGUGUGGUCCACCAUAAAACCAGGCACGUCAUUCGGCAUCAGUGUGUUACGAGCUCUCAGGCUGCUGCGCAUCUUUAAAGUUACCAAGUACUGGGCGCCACUUAGAAACCUGGUGGUUUCUCUCUUGAACUCCAUGAAGUCCAUUGUCAGCUUGCUCUUCCUCCUCUUCCUCUUUAUUGUGGUCUUUGCUUUGUUGGGGAUGCAGCUUUUUGGAGGACAAUUCAACUUUGAAAGUGGAACCCCGCCGACCAAUUUUGAUACUUUUGCAGCAGCAAUCAUGACUGUGUUUCAGAUCCUGACAGGAGAGGAUUGGAAUAUGGUGAUGUACGAUGGCAUUGAGUCACAGGGAGGAGUAAACGACAAAGGAAUGGUGUUCUCCAUCUUUUUCAUUGUCCUCACACUAUUUGGCAACUACACACUGCUGAAUGUCUUCUUGGCUAUCGCUGUUGACAAUCUGGCUAACGCCCAAGAGCUUACCAAGGACGAAGAAGAACAAGAAGAGGCAGCAAAUCAAAAGACAGCACUACAGAAGGCUAAGGAAGUGGCAGAGGUUAGCCCGCUAUCUGCUGCAAACCUGUCAAUUGCUGCAAAGGAGCAGCAGAAGAACCACAUCAAGGGCAAUAAGUCUGUGUGGGAGCAGAGAACCAGUGAGAUUCGGCGCCAGAACCUGAUGUCAAGCCGUGAGGUGCUCUACAAUGAGCUGGAACAGGAUGACUGGAAGGUGGGAGGCGAGGGAGAAGAGGUGUCGUUCCCACGGAAAGCACGUGGCGACGUGAAAACACACUUGGACAGACCUCUGGUAGUAAACCCACAGGACAAUCGAAACAACAACACCAACAAGACCCAACCUGGAGAGCUGCCUCUGGAUCAGCAGUAUCGACGCCAGGAUAUUGAUCACCGCCGGCGUGCUGCUCACCACUGUCACUACCACCACCAUCGCCAUCAGAAACCCACUAACCCGAGCACUGUAGAUACAAGCCAGCUUAUGGAAACCAACUUGGGGCAUGGUUUUAGCUGCACAUCUUUGGGUAACAUAGAAGAAAAUCCGGAACGGCAACAGGAUGAGGAGAAGAACAACCACCGGAGUCAUCGGGGCCAUCGGCACAGGAACAGAGAGUGCAGGGAGUCUCACAGCAUUUCUCCGCAUCAUAGUGAAGGUGCCGAGGGUAGUGGUGAGGCAAGGAGGUGUAGACAGCACCGCAGAGCAGCCAGGGAGGGAGAAGAGUGCAGAAAACAUCUAUGUAGGGCAGCAGAGGGAGAUGGUGAGAAAAGCGGAGAGGAGGGUGGACAGAAGACAAGACGACAUCGACACUGCAACCAGGAGAGAUGCAGAGGACACCGUGUCAGAAAGGAGCACCACAGCACCUGUCCAAGCCUCUCAACUACACGACCAAUACAACAGUAUAACGAAGACCUUGAUAACUUUCGCAACAACAGCAAGCUUGCCAGUGCCAAUGAGCACCCCUAUGACCUUCCUCCUGAUCACCCCGAUCAUCCGGACCACCUCAACAACCUGCUGAACUGUCAUGAUGCUGACACUCACACCCUGCUUCACAGCAUGGACAGCCUGAUCCUAACCAGCAUGGCAAAGCCUGACUACACAGCGAUAGACAUGCCUCCUGUUUACCCCUAUCCUUCUACCAAUGCAAUCUUGCAAGUGAACAAGAACGCCAAUACAGACCAAAAGAAAAGCGAGGAGAAGAAGGAAGAGGAGGAUGAGGGUGAAGAUGAAGAUGGCCCUAAACGCAUGCCUCCCUAUAGCUCUUGUUUCAUAAUGUCUACCACCAACCCGUUUCGCAAGUGCUGUCACUACAUUCUUACUCUGAAGUAUUUUGAGUUCAGCAUCCUGUCAGUCAUUGCUAUGAGCAGCAUCGCCCUUGCAGCAGAAGACCCCGUCAAGCCUGACUCACCACGGAACAAUGUGCUGCGUUAUUUUGACUACGUUUUCACAGGGGUCUUCACAUUUGAAAUGUUGAUCAAGAUGGUGGUACUCGGCUUGUUUCUCCACCAAGGGUCUUACUUUCGUGACUUGUGGAACAUUCUGGACUUUAUAGUGGUUAGUGGUGCUCUGGUGGCCUUCGCCUUCACGAGCAGCACCCGGGGGAGCAGCAAAGGCAAAGACAUCAGUACAAUCAAAUCCCUGCGUGUGCUGAGGGUGCUGCGUCCACUUAAAACCAUCAAGCGUCUCCCAAAGUUAAAGGCAGUUUUUGACUGUGUGGUGAACUCCUUGAAGAAUGUGUUGAAUAUCUUGAUUGUCUACAUGCUCUUCAUGUUCAUCUUCGCUGUUGUGGCUGUGCAGCUGUUUAAGGGCCGCUUCUUCUACUGCACAGAUGAAUCCAAAGAGUUUGCACGGGACUGCAGGGGCGAAUAUUUAGUCUAUGAAAAAGAAGAGGUAAAAGCUGAGAAGCGGGAAUGGAAGAAGUACGAUUUUCACUACGACAACGUGGCUUGGGCCUUGCUCACCCUCUUCACCGUCUCCACCGGAGAGGGGUGGCCACAGGUGCUAAAGCACUCAGUGGACUCCACUUAUGAGGAUCAGGGCCCAAGCCCGGGAUACAGGAUGGAAACGUCCAUCUUUUACGUGGUGUACUUCGUUGUCUUCCCUUUCUUCUUUGUAAACAUCUUUGUGGCUCUCAUCAUCAUCACCUUCCAGGAACAAGGGGAUAAGAUGAUGGAGGACUACAGCUUAGAAAAAAACGAAAGAGCCUGUAUAGAUUUUGCUAUUAAUGCCAGACCUCUGACUCGCCACAUGCCAAAGAACAAACUGAGCUUCCAGUAUCGCAUGUGGCAUUUUGUCGUGUCCCCUCCCUUCGAGUACAGCAUCAUGGCUCUGAUUGCACUCAACACAAUAGUCCUAAUGAUGAAGUUUCAAGGUGCAUCACAAAGUUACGAUAAUGUGCUAAAGUAUCUAAACAUUGUGUUCACCACCUUCUUCUUUAUGGAAUCUAUACUGAAAAUCAUUGCUUUUGGUCCUUUGAAUUACUUCAGAGAUGCCUGGAACGUUUUUGAUUUUGUCUCAGUCAUUGGAAGCAUUACUGAUAUAUUGGUAACAGAGUUUUGGAAUCUGAAUAAUUUCAUCAACUUGAGCUUCCUGAGGCUUUUUAGAGCAGCUCGCCUCAUUAAGCUCCUGAGACAGGGGGAAACAAUACGGAUCUUAUUAUGGACAUUUGUCCAGUCCUUUAAGGCUCUGCCAUAUGUGUGUCUACUCAUUGCCAUGCUGUUCUUCAUCUACGCAAUCAUCGGCAUGCAGUUGUUUGGAAACAUAGCUAUUGAUGAGGAGGAAGAAAGUGCCAUUGAUGAGCACAACAACUUCAGAACCUUCAUUAUGGCCCUAAUGCUGCUAUUCAGGAGUGCUACAGGUGAGGCGUGGCAUGAGAUCAUGCUGGCGUGCCUGGGAGAGAAAAAAUGUGACCCAGACUCAGGAAACACAGGGAAGGAGUGUGGCAGCGUAUUCGCCUACACCUAUUUUGUCUCCUUUAUUUUCCUCUGCUCCUUCCUGAUGCUCAAUCUCUUUGUGGCCGUCAUCAUGGACAAUUUUGAGUACCUGACCAGAGACUCGUCUAUCCUGGGCCCGCACCAUUUAGACGAAUAUGUAAGAAUAUGGGCUGAGUACGACCCAGCUGCCUGCGGUCGGAUCAGUUACACAGACAUGUAUCAGAUGCUAAGACACAUGUGUCCGCCGCUAGGCCUCGGGAAGAGGUGUCCCGCCCGGGUCGCCUAUAAGAGGCUACUUCGCAUGGAUCUACCGGUCGCUGAUGACAACACAGUGCAUUUUAACUCCACCCUCAUGGCUCUGAUCAGGACAGCACUGGAUAUAAAGAUUGCCAAGGGUGGUGCAGAUAAGCACCAGAUGGAUGCAGAGCUGAGAAAAGAGAUGAUGGCUAUCUGGCCAAAUUUAUCACAGAAGACUCUGGACCUGCUGGUUACUCCGCACAAGGCAGCCACAGACUUGACAGUGGGCAAAAUCUACGCUGCCAUGAUGAUCAUGGAAUACUACAGACAGAGCAAGACCAAAAAGAUGCAGGCCCUGCGAGAGGAACAGUGCUCCUCCCUUCCUAACCGAACGCCAUUAAUGUUUCAGCGCAUGGAGGCACCCUCUGAGGGAGGGGGUUUGGACAACCAGGGGGGGCAAGGCCAGAACGGUCUCCCCAGCACUCAACCAGACAACAUCAACAGCAUACCUCCCGAAGGUGGUUUGAGUGAAAGCCAAUCAUGGAUGACGGCUAAAGCACAGGAAAUGUUCCAAAAGACUGGUAACUGGAGCCCUGACCGCCCCUAUCCUGAUGACGUCCACGAAAACCGCCAUAAUCCCCAGACUGUAGAGAUGAGGGAGAUGGGGCGGGACGGGUACUCCGACACUGAGCCCUAUCACCCAAUGGAUGGGCAUGGGCGGACCCUUUCCAUGCCCCGCCUCUCGGCAGACAACCAACGGAGGAGACACAGACCCCGCGGAAAUAACCUCAGUACCAUUACUGACAACAGUCCAAUGCGUCGCUCUACCUCCAGUCUGGUCCACGGGCGUUCAGGUCGUGGAGUGAGGCUGGAUGACUACUCUUUGGAGAGGGUGGUGUCUGAGGAGGCGAGACACGGCGGUGGGCGCAGGCACAGGGACAGAAGUCAUCGCACUUCACAGCGAUCACUAACCAGAUAUACAGACGCUGACACAGGUAUGAUAUCUAUUUCAUGUCUAGGUCUGGGCACAGACCUCAGCACCACUACACAGUCAGGUGAUCUGCCUCCCAAAGAGCGGGAGAGAGACCGUGGACGCACCAAGGACCGGCGUCAUCACCACCACCAUCACCGUCAUCACAGCUCAAUGGACAAGGAGCGCUAUGACCGCCAUGAAUACCAACAUAGGCACCCCCAUGACCGCCACUGGUCCCGGUCUCCUAGUGAGGGGCCUGACGGAAGAGGUCACAGACAGGGCAGUAGCUCGGUAAGCGGCAGCCCGGUCCCAUCCACCUCGGGGACCAGCACUCCAAGGAGAGGCCGCCGCCAGCUACCACAGACUCCUGCUGUCCCACGUCCACAUGUCACCUACUCCCCCGCUGUCCGAAAGCCUCUAUACGGCCCCCCAGGCCCAGGCCGACUGCGCUCACCCUCCCCUCGACACUUCUCCCCACCAGAUCAUGACAGAGGCUACCACCAACGACCCCCGUCACGUCACGCCUCUCCGCACCAUGGCGGAUCCUCGUCCAGGCACGGUUCACCACGCUCACCUCGACAUCAGUCACCGCACUCGCCACUCCACGGGUCACCUCGGUCUCCACACCGAAACCGCUGGAGCGGUCCUCCUCCAGGGGACAGCCUAGAGGGCGACGGACCCUUCUAUGAGAGAGAUUAUGAGUACGAGCGGCACCAUGAGCCUCCGGCCUAUGAGCAAAGCCUCUCUCAUGGCAACCCUCAUUCACAUGGAGGAAAUCCACACCCACAUCCGCGCUCACCAAGGACUGCUCGUCAUGGGCCCCCUCCACCCCCUCACCCACAUCCGCGUAGGGUUCCUAAUGGCUACCGCUCAUCCUCGCCUUCCCCACAAAGGAGGGGACCACCUGGGGCAGCUCCACCCCACCACCGACCACCUCAUCCCAGAGGGCCCCGCAAGGGUCUCCACGAACCUUACAGUGAGACUGAUGAGGAUGACUGGUGCUAGCAAAAGCAUUAGACACAGACAGCAGAGGAGAAUAAGAACCACAACCUCCGGUGCUCUGGUAUAUAUGUAAACUUUUUAAAAUGUGAUGGCAAAAGUUUUGAGACCCCCUACCUUCCACCUUUAGACUCUAAAAAGAUGCAGGGGUGGAGGUAGAAGGGCAAUGGUGCUGCUAGGAGCCUUUUACACAUUUCUUUCUUCCAAAAGAUCAAAUCUUUGACAGAGCAGCACAUGGUUAUCCUAAUACCAUGGAAGUCCUGAUAACAUAGGCAUGGCCAGGGCACAGUUUACCUCUGGCUCCCUCAGUCUCAGAACUGUUCUUCCCAUAACUAACCCUACGGUACAGUUCAAAGGGAAAAGAGAGUUGAGGGAACAGAGAUCCAAGGAGGAGCUUGAGGUUCUAAAACAGUGUGAUGUGAUCGUUUCCAGGCCUUACAGCACUUUGCUCGGACCGGCAUUAGAUCUAACAGAUGUGUUCAACCUCUCAGACUACCCAGACUACUUCAGAAAUAAGCUUGAAUGAUGAGUACAACGCUUAGACUCUGCUCUAAAACAAAACGUUUAAAAAAAAGAACGAUAAGGUAGUAAAAAGCCAGGAUUCCCCCACUAACCCUUACAUGCCAAGCUAUGCCUCCAGAAAAUGAAACUUGAACAAUGAAGAAGACAGUUACACUUCACAUGACAGUGAAAACUUCAAAAAGGGAGUACUUUUACUUUGUCUUUAAUUAUCUCUCUGUGUCCAAGGGGACAGAACUUAUGAAGCUCCGCCUAUACUGCAAAACCCAGCCAAUCACACGGCAGGCUGAUAUUGAUGAGUUUUAUCAUCUCUGUUUACUGUUAUGGACUUGCCUAAUGGGGAUGGAAAUGUUGUGACAUCACUUCCUGUCCAGAUGGCAGUGGACGGAAAGUGGUAAGGCCCAAGGUGGGCUAGAUUUCUGUCAAAGAGCACCGGAGGGAUGGGCCCAGGUUACUAGAGAAGGGAUCUGGUCACAUUGGCAUUCUUUCCCUGCUCUAUUGAUCGACCCAGCAUUGGAGAACGAAGACCGGACAGGAAAUGACAUCAUGCAGUUGAACAUGGCGGAGGAUAAGAAACGAGGGAUGAGAGGGGGGGGAACAGACCAAUUUCUUCAGUAUUUCUUCUAUCAAUUACUUCUCCUUGUUCUUCUUCGGACAUUUGGAGCUUGGUUCUUCUGUUGCAUUCGCUCAGCCUCCUUUGAUCUUUUUCAAAGUCCAAAAAUUGGAUGGAAACCUGCAUGAUUGAUAUAAUCCAUAGUAGAGUGGAAAUCUAAGUGGUGUGGUGGGAGUGGGACCUGGGGGGCUUUAUACGAAACUUAACAUUUAGGUUUGAAAAAGAAGUUAACUUCUAUCAGACUCUCUCUCUUUCUGUGUGUCUCUCUGAAACCUGUCAAAAGUCAUUUUUAUAUAUACUUAUUUUUUUUGUUUUUUUUACCUGAUACAGACUUUAACAGAUUUAAAAGUAUUUUAUCUGUCUCUGUUUUCUGUUGAAAGCUCAGUUUCUGCAACGUGUCAAGAGACAAAAAAAAACUACUUUACAGGGUCCCACUAGUGUCCUGUGUUUUAAGUAAUCGAAGGGGGAGAGAGAGGAAGGAUAGAAGGGAACUUCUACCACACUUAAGUUGCUCUUAUUGAUGAUAUCAGAAAUUAAUGAUGAUUAUUAUUUUUUAUUUCAAUGCAAAUGAGUGACAAUGAUGAUACCGGUAACGAUUGACUAUUGAGUGUUAGAACUGUUGCUGUAGACUUUCUGUCAUGUUUAAUGGAGCUCAGACGAGCUAUGUCCAUUUAGCUUUCACAUUCCUUAUGUUAAUAUCCCGUGCUCAGUGAUGUUUACCGGGUUCCUGAUGCCUUUGUGCAAUAUUUUUUGGGCAACAAUGGUUUUACAAACACUCACUUAGCAGUGUUGCGUGUUGUAACGCACCGCUAAGUGAAGAUGCAUUCUCUCUCCGGAACAGUGAGGGCAGAAGUCAGGGGAAUCUCAGUAUCCUGUCUUGCAGUCACCCACAGGAUCUCCUCAAGCCAACCCAAAGAUCAGUAACUGGUGUUUAGAGUGGAGGAGUACAACUCAUUGAGAAUGUGUGAGCUAAUUUUACAUGGUUCUCCCUGUAGGGUUGACCUCCGACCUAUUGCCCCAUUAAUAAAGCCGUUUUUUUGGCUUUAUAGUUUAGGAUUAGUUGCCAGCACUGAGUAGUAUUGAUAGUCCAAGGUUGGUGUCAGUGAGAUGGUGUUUUUGCCACCACAGUGCAGUUAUCAGCACCCAAUUUUUACCCUGCCUUCGCCCUGUACUGGACAGUGUUUUCUUUUGGCCACAUUCUAAUCUCUUCUAAUCUUGCAAUCAACUUUCAAGUAACUAUAAAGUCGCAAUGAAUAGAAAUCAGAUCCUUUGUCAGGAAAACACUGAUGUGCCCUGAGAGCUGCCGUAUCGUAUUUUUCCAUUUGUCACGCCAUCCCCCGCCCCCCAACCUUUUCUGGGAAGACACCCCUGCCCAGUGAAGUGAGUUUGUAGCAAAUCUACAUAAUCUGCCCAUAAAAUGCUUAAGAAACCACCAAUUUAGCUUUAGUUUAUCUUAGCUUGACGUCAGUUAGUUUGCUUUAACAUCUGGGCAUUUAGCUUUUUAAAGAUCGACUCUAGACCAUGGAAUAAAAACACCUUCGAAAAAUAUAUUUCAUCCCUUACUGCUACGAGGAUCGACAGUUACUGAAUGAUCAAGAAUUCUAGAAUAAUAGAAUAGAGCAUAGAUUAAAAGAUAGUUUAUUACUUAAAGAUUAACAUAGAAAUAUUGUAGAUGUAGUUAUAAAUGAAAUAUAAAACAUAGAGAUUCAGAUAUUGAUUUAUUUUGCAUACUAAUGCUACUUUUGUUUUUCAUGCAAUUGCAGAAAUCCAAGACAAACCACAAAACACACAUUUUGACUCUAUGCAGACCUCAUGUGCAUCAUCUACAGGGGUGACCGGCGGCCAUAAGUGCUGCAUAAUGGAACAGGAAUCUGCAUGUAGGAGUUAAUGUUAACACUGAUACCCCUUUUUCACCUUGUCAUCACACCCACAGUGAAUUUUCCUUUUUAUUUACAGUUGUUGCUGCCUUUUUUCUUUUUAUUUAGCCCUUCCGUGGCGGAUCCCUUCUCCCAGUUCAAAUUUCUGCUUUCAUAUGAUCUGAUGCCCUCCAGGCUAUUAUUUUAAGCAUUGUAGGGUAAAUUGGAUUGUGGUUUUUUAUUUAUUUUUUGUCAGUUCAGUGGAAGGAAAGGGGUGCUUAUUGUAGAACCUUUUGGCCUCACCUUACAAGAAGUUACAGCAGGUGAGGAUGGUUUUCCACAGCCCCCUACAGAGCCACAGUGCCUUCUGUAUCUCAAUCAUAUUCAUCACCCCGACUCCCCCCACACAGUUGCUCUCGUCGGUCCCCUCCCCCUUGUGUAGUAGAUGUGUCAAACACACUACGCCUUAAAAUCAAAUCUCACCGGCUCCCACGCUAGCAUUUGAAACAGGGAGAGUGAUGAUUUUGAAACUGGGCCACGGUCAGGACAAGGUGCAGGGGCAAAGCUUGAUGCACAUUCAGAAUGGGCAGAACUAUUUUAACCUCCCAUUCAGGCACUCUGUUUUCUAACAGCUACAAAGAAAAACCAUAAGAGACCUUCAUAGUUUCAAUCUUAGCCUUGGUGGAUUUGACUUUUUAAGACUCAGCGGCCAAUGCUUCCAGAUCUUACUAGCUGGCUAGCCCCUUUGGCUUAGGCAUGGCACCAAUUUAUGCCCAUCCUACAGUUAUCCUUUGUACAGUUUCAGAUGAUGUAGUUAGAGGUUUUCAGAGGUGCAAAGCUUCUUGCUUACUUCUCAGGUCCCUCUAGAGCUAGGUAGCUAGUUAGAUUACAUAGGGGAGAAACCGCUACAGAACAGGCAGCUCUCAGAUUAAGUUAUCGUAUGGUUUUACUUGGCAUGGUAUCUUAUCAUUCUCACCCCUGUCCUUUCACCACAUGUACGUUACACACCUCAUUCUUUAUCAAUCCCAUUAAAAGUCUGCAGAAUCCACCAAAAUGACACAACUUUCAUUUCGGCUCCACUCGCUCGUCCUGAAUUGUAACAGCGAAUUCCAAAAGGCCGACACACAACAUUGCCCUUGUGUGGAAGCAUGUUGUGUGUAUGAGUAUUUUCCUAAACCUUGUCCUGUUUGGGAAACAAAAGCAAACAUCUAAUGUUUGGUUAUGUUUUUCUGUAUAAUAUAAUCAUUUUAUUGAACUCUCUUUAAGGGGGAUGCAACUAUUUCAUCAUCUAACUUUAUAUCUGUUUUCUGUCUAACCCAUGGCUUUUUUUCCCCCCCUUGUGGUGUUAAUAUCUGAGUAUUUUUGUUUCUUUUUCGCCCAUGGGAUUUAGAAAAAACUAACAAACGCAACACCAAUCUUCUCAGUCAGCUGUGAAAUUGUGUCAUUGGGUUAGUCGUAAGGUAACGUGUUGACAAAUACACAAAAAGGGCUCUUUAAAAAAACAAACCACACAGUGGGGAUUAAUGUACAGUAGUGCUGCCAAAAGUUGUGCUUACAGUAUGUAGCUAAAGCCACGCUGUGGUCUCCCCUUUGUACAGCACUAUAUGUGUGCAUGAGUGUGAGUGUGUGAGGAGGCGGUACUUUUUGGGGGGGGCAAAAGAAAAGAGUAGCUGAUGUCGGGGUUCUGUUGUGGGUGGAGGGCGGGGGCCUCAGGUGGGCAUGGCAGCAUAAGGUUAUUUGCUGCUGAUACACAAUUUCACAAUGGCACUGGACCAUUUUUUCAAGCUCACACUCGAGCGCCAUCUUCAACUGACCCUCAUCUACUCCUGCUUUGAGAGGAGCAGGGCUACUGCUGUGACAAGGAGACAUUUAACUCUCUGAAUCUAUGUAUAUAUGUUGUAUUAUUAUCAUUUGGUCAUUUUUGUUCCCAUGCAGAUGAAAUACUGUUUACAUUUUAAGAGGCUGAAGCUGUUUAGUCAAGUAUACCUUACAGGCCAGCUUCACACUAAUGCAAAUAUUAG